AUGGCUAACACUCUGCAGAUAUUCCUCGCCAACACGAUGAAAGUCGUCAUUCAACGAGUCAAGUCGGCCUCGGUCAGUGUCGACUCGGAACUGAUCUCCACAAUCGGCAAGGGUCUGCUAGUCUUCGCAGGUGUCGGCAAAGAAGAUACUCAGAAGGAAGCGGACCAGGUGGUGAAUAAGGUGCUCAAGGCCAAGUUUUGGCCUGAUGAGCAGGGGGCCCAGUGGAAGAAGAAUGUCCAAGACAUUGAGGGAGAGAUUCUUUGCAUCUCGCAAUUUACCCUCUACGGCAAGAUGAAAGGAAACAAGCCCGACUUUCACGAUGCGGCCGAUCCCGAUACUGCGCGCAACCUCUACGAUUAUUUCUACAAGAAAAUGAGCAGUUCAUAUGUCCCGGACAAGGUCAAAAAUGGUGUCUUCCAAGCAAUGAUGGAGGUCGAAUUGAAGAACGACGGGCCGGUGGGUGUCGACUACCGCAGUGAAGAUGCGGCGGUCACAAUUGAGAUUAAUACCAAACUUCCGAAGAAGGAACCCAAAGAGCCCAAGCCCAACACAGGCAAUGGAAAGGACAAAGACAAGGAAGGAAAAGAGGGAAAUCAAACGAUCGAGUUUACGAUUCCGCCAGAAUUGCUGGCCUAG